AUAAGGUUUAGCACUUUAACUAUAAAUUUAAAUAAAAAUAAAAAUAAGAGUUCUUUGCAAUUUAUGUUUCAAAAAGUUAAAGCUGCAUUAAAUUCCCUGACAUUUUUUCUUGUAGAGAAAUUAUUUUUUCAAAAAAAAAGCAAACGCAUAUAAGGAAAGUGACCCUUUUUAUGAAGAAAUGUUUUUUCAAAAAAAAACAAUUGUCUUUUGAAAAAAAUACUAUUUUGUUUUAAAAUUAAAAUACGACGACAAUCUUGAUACGUACAAGUUUUACGAGAAGAGAGCGGGAGGUCGAGGGCUAAAAAGAUCAACUGAAAGCUGCUUUUGAAUUCGACCAGAAUUAGUAGAUUACAGUGAUAUUUUUACAAAUAGUACGGAAAAAAAUGAAUAAAACGCUUAAAAUUCUUUUAUUAAGGAGUCAAGCUUAGGGUAAUUGGGAUGUGAGUCUUUCUUCCAGUAAGAAAGCUCUGAUAAAUUCAUAUGAAAUAUGUCUUUUUUUAAAAUCCAAUUUUAAUAAUCAAGACUUUGCAAACUUUGUGAUACUUUGUCUUAAAAACAGAGCGUUAUUUUACACUUCAACGAGAAAAAUUUCAUUUCAUUUGAUUUUUUUAUUUUAGAUUUCUAUUGGAAACUCCAUUACGUGUCACUUUGUUUUUGUUUUUUAUCUCUUUCUAAAAAACACAUCUGGCACCAUCUAAAUCAAAACCACGACCAUCUACAUGUUUUUAAAAAAACUAUGGAUCGAAAAUGCAGUACAAUAAAACAAGCCAUAAUUCGUUUCAUAUUUUUUUCUAUGAUUGUAUUUAUUUGUUAAUUUUUUGUUGAUCGUAAAAUUGAUUUUAAAAUAAAUUUAACGAUUAAGACGAUCGUCAAUACACAGAAAACAGAUUUGAUUCAUAUAAAAGAAAGUACAACAAAACAAACUUAGAUGCAAUAAGAUAAAGUUAAAGAAUUCAUUUUGUGAAGCUGUCAUUUUGUAUUGUACUACCCUUCCAUGCUGAAGCCAUUAAAGACUCUUUUUUCCGAUUGGUCAGAUUAUAUCGAUUAUUUCUCUGGUACAAUCACUUUUUUAGAAAAAACUAAAAGCACAGCUCGAUAGAGAAUUUUUUCUUCUAUCUUCUAGUAUUAACAAAAACCUCGGCCCAUUUAAUUUUCUAAGAGGUCGCCACACGUAGUGCAUUUGAUAUUGAUUCGCUUAAAACGCUAUACUUUUUUCGCUCUGUCGGCAUACUAUAUGGUACGUACCCACAAGGCGACGAAGUGAAUAAUCAAUAUCGGAAAAUGCACCAAGAGAGGGCGCCACAUAUCUUGCCACUUUUUCAAGAACUUUUGAUACUAUAUUUUGAACUUAUAAAGUGAUUUAAUGAUUUUGGUAGUGAUAGUUUUACUCGCCCUAGUUCGGUUUAAGAGAUCGUCACUGAUUGGUCGUUGAGUAUGAACCAUAUUGGCUGGACAUAAUCAUAGAAACAUCAUAUGAUGAUAAAGACUAUUGUCAUCAUUUUAGACUAUUGAUAAAUCGUCUACGUAUGCAAAAGAAAUAAAGAAUUGUUUAUUGCUGUGUGUUAUACCAUAUUGUUCAUCGACGUCGUUGCCUGGAAAAAUAAUUUUAUGCUUAAUAUGUGGAAAAAAAGAUCGACAAGCUCGUUGCAAGUAUACGCAAAUUUGCACAAUUGAACGAGAAGAAAAAGUUCGUAAAGCAUAUCAAACUCGUUAUAAUAAGGAAUUAAGUGGUACACUACUAAAUCAAUUAGUGCAUGCAAUUUGCUACAAAUCACUUGUUGUUGGAAUUGAACCGGUAUCUGUCGCAAAUAAAAUAGGAAGACCAAAACGAAAAAAAAAAUAUUCAUGUCUUGAUUCAAAUCCUGCUAGAAUAUUAAUGGAUAUUACAAAUCAUCCAACAACAAUUACUACAAAAUCUAAUUUCUUUUCUACUGAAGACAGAAACAAAUCAUUUUAUGUUGGUGAAAAUAAUGAAAAAUAUACUUCUGAAUUUACAGUUGAGUGCAGCUCGAAUGCAGCACCAACAUUAUCUUCAUUAAUUGGUAUUCAUAAUCAAAUUUCUAGUAGUAGUAUAUCAUUUGUACAAUCCGAACAAGAUAUUAUCUCAAGAAAUUCUACUGAAGCAUCAUUGAUCACCAGUGGUAUAACAGAAGCAACAUCCACAUAUGAAGUGUUUGAACCAAUUAUAAACAAUUGUAACGACGUGUUUGCUGAUCGACAAGAGGAAGAUAUUACAACGUCAACUGAUAUUGAAUCAAUAGAAAAAUAUACAAUAGAUUCAACACAAACAGCAUUAACAUAUGAAGUAUUUGAACCAAUUGUAAAUAAUUGGAACAAUGUAUUUGCUGAUCGUCAAGAAGAAGAAGAUAUUACAACGUCAACUGAUGUUGAAGCAAUAGACAAAUAUACAAUAGAUUCAACACAAACAGCAUUAACAAAUGAAACUAUAUUUCAAGAUGAUACACGUGCAGCUAGUCCCGACGACGAUGAUUUAUCUUUUGAAAUGGUCAUCAAUGGUCAAUGUACAAAUGAAGUUGUAAUACGAAAUGAAAGUAUAAAACGAAAACGAGAUAAAUUGAAACGAACACGAAAAAGAAUAUUUACUCAUUCUUUUAAACAUCGUCGUCGGUCAAUCAUCACACAAAAACCAUUACCACUAUAUCCUGAUCAAGAUACACCUAAUGAUUUUUAUUCAAACACUUUUUGUAGAUGUCAUCAAGAUCUUUGUUGUAAUAGAACUUACAAUUCAUCAAUUCAACAAGUGAAAAUCAAGUCGAAUAAAUUCGGAUUAACACCUUCAUCAAUUCAAAAUAAUUCAUUUCAUGUAACAUCAAUACAAUCUCAAUCUAUCUACGAAUCUUCUGAAGACGAACGUGUAUUUCAAUCACCAUAUGCGUGUUCAACUCCGAAGCUCAAUGGAAUGAAAAAUAAUCUUACAUCAUUGAAUUUUAAAACUCCAUCACUGACAGUAUCAUUAACACCUCGUCGCACUCCUCAUUUUCGAAAAUACUUUCGCACAACGAAAACUGCAAGUCAACCUGAUCUUAAUUAA